GUUUACCUUAUUCCAAGAUGUCUGCUCAAUCCACGUGUUAAUUAUAGAUCGUCAAUGUUGUUGUUUACAGAGCUAAGAAGUCAAACUAUCUCAAAAACAGGUUUAUCCAUAUAAACUACCGAAUAGAAUUAUGGCCACAUAGCUAAACCCUCACUAAAGAGGUGAAGUGUGAGUGGACAGUUGAUCACUGGCUGUCCCUUCCUCCUCCCCCGAACAUGGAUCUCCUACCCCGGAGUCACACAGAGUUUGUGUCGGAGGAAUACUGGGACAAGUUCUACAAGAAGAGAGGAGCUAAAGCCUUUGAGUGGUAUGGAGAAUACCCGGAGCUGUGUGGAGUUUUAGGGAAGUAUGUGCGGCCCAAGGACAAGGUGCUGAUGGUCGGUUGUGGCAACUCCAGACUCAGCGAGGACAUGUAUGACGUGGGCUACACCAACAUUGUCAACAUCGACAUCAGUGACACCGUCAUACGACAAAUGACGGACAAGAACAGAAAGCAGCGUCCCAACAUGGCCUUCCACCGGAUGGAUGUCACAGAGACAACAUUUUCUGAUGGCGAGUUUUCGGUCGCGUUGGACAAGGGCACCCUGGAUGCCCUGAUGGCUGACAGCAGUGAUGCGGUUGUGGCUACUGUUGACAAGAUGUUCGCGGAGCUGAGUCGUGUGUUGAGACUUGGGGGCCGUUACAUCUGCAUAUCCUUGCUCCAGGAACAUAUCGCAAACAAACUCUUCUCCUACUUCGCACAGUUGGGGUGGCCGGUGCGUGUCCACCGGGUUGAGAAGGAGCCCUCACAGGAUGACCCAGACUUCACACUGCCCGCCUUUGUCAUCAUACUCACCAAGUUCAAGAAGAUGCCAAACAUGUGUCCAAUUCUAGAGGUGUGCAACGCUGUGGACAAGAUGGACCGCUAUGAGUAUGUGCAGGGGAUGAAGACUGUCGUCAAGGAGAUGCAGUAUUAUGCAGUUGUCAAGCAUCAGAUAUCAACGAAAAAUGUGGGUGGGGACCAGCCUUCCCUGUGUCUGUACAGCAGCGAGUCAAGUGAACCGCGGUACACGCUGUAUGUCGUAGACAGGCCACACAAGACGGCUCAACAGUUUGCAGUAUUCAUCGUACCACAGGGCAGGGAAACUGACUGGCUGUUUUGCCAACCUGCAGGACGCAAACAGUUGGCGGACAGUGCUGGGUCCGACAGACUUGUUGUCGUAACACUACACCGGUCACAUUGUUACACAGAUAUCGAGUCCGUCAAGGAGGAACUUUCAGGCAAAGUGAUGGAGUUGACACCACCAAACUUCAAGCGAGGAUCUCAGGUUCCGUUCCUGUCUCUGGGGGAGGACAUCGGACACAGACACUCGUAUGCCCAGGGGACCAGCGAAAUGAACGGGAAGUAUGUGGUUGAGGACCUGGAGACGGAGGAUGGACAGUUUUACCGGCGUCUCAUCUUCCUCGACACGUCAAACAUAGUUCAGUCCGAGGCCAAGCUGGUUGAAAAGUCUGAGAAUAAAGGCAGCCUGAAGGUAUACGAUGCAUCCAAGUUGACCCUGGACGAGAGUUUCUUGGGCUGUCAGCAUCAUAUGGCCAUGGUAGGGAGUCUGGCGUUCCUCCCCCAACCUACAGACAGGGAGAUGUCUGUGUUGCUGAUUGGCCUGGGCGGAGGGGGCUUGUGCAGCUUCAUCCACCAUCACUUCCACAAGGUGAGACAGGAUGUGGUGGACUUUGACCCCGAUGUGUUGGAUGUGGCUGAGAAGCAUUUCUUCCUCAAGCAGGAUGACCGUCUCCAAGUCCACAUAGCUGAUGGUCUGGAGUUUAUACACAAGGCAGCAGAAGCAGGGCGCCAGUACGAUGUGGUGAUGUUUGACGUGGACAGCAAGGACCGGUCAGUCGGCAUCAGCUGUCCGCCAGUGAUGUUCCUCGAGGAGGCCUUCCUGCAGGAGACAGCAUCCAUCAUCCGUGACAAGGGAGUGUUUGCUCUGAAUCUGGUCGCUAGGGAUGACAUCUUGAAGAAGAAUAUCUUGGCUCGUAUCAAGAAGCUGUUUGGCCGAGUGCUGUCGGUACACAUUGAUGAUGAAGUGAAUGAGAUUGUCUUCUGUCUGCGGGGACAAGAUGACGGAGAACAGUUGGUGGCAGACGCCAAGUCAGUGGCUGCGACCCUCAACAAGGUCAUCAAGGUGACGUCUGCUGCGACUGAAGUUGAUAUUAGUGAGGCUCUAGAAACAUUAUCCCUGGUCGAUGAAAGUAAACUGUGACACCGAAUACGGGGAUAGGUUCUUGUGACAUUUCUUCCAUGUGGAACAUGAGAGGCCCAGUGGUUUAGGUCGCUGCAGUUUGAUGCAGAGUUAUGUCCCUUAUAUGGUCAGCUGUGUGUUCAAACAUCAGAUUAGACCUGAUUAUCUGUGGUAGUCAACAUAACAGAACUAAGUAUUGAUCUACAUAGGACAUCGUGCUAAAGUUCACGGAACGUGGUAGAGAUCUUCAAAGGACAUGGUAGAGAUCUUCACAUGUCAUGGUAGAGAUCUUCAUGGGACAUGGUGUAGAUCUUCACAGGAUAUGGUGUAGAUCUUCACAGGAUAUGGUGUAGAUCUUCACAGGGUUAUGGUGUAGAUCUUCACAGGACAUGGUGUAGAUCUUCACAGGACAUGGUAGAGAUCUUCACAGGACAUCGUGCUAGAGUUCACCGGAUGUGGUGUAGAUCUUCACAGGAUAUGGUGUAGAUCUUCACAGGACAUGGUAGAGAUCUUCACAGGACAUGGUAGAGAUCUUCACAGGACAUGGUAGAGAUCUUCACAGGACAUCGUGCUAGAGUUCACCGGAUGUGGUGUAGAUCUUCACAGGACAUGGUGUAGAUCUUCACAGGACAUGGUAGAGAUCUUCACAGGACAUGGUAGAGAUCUUCACAGGACAUCGUGCUAGAGUUCACCGGAUGUGGUGUAGAUCUUCACAGGACAUGGUGUAGAUCUUCACAGGACAUGGUAGAGAUCUUCACAGGACAUGGUAGAGAUCUUCACAGGACAUCGUGCUAGAGUUCACCGGACGUGGUGUAGAUCUUCACAGGACAUGGUAGAGAUCUUCACAGGACAUGGUAGAGAUUUUCACAGGACAUGGUGUUAAAAGUUAAUCCCCAUGUUUAAAGGCGAAGGUUAACCCCCAAAUCUAUAUGUACAGAACUAAUUUUUGAAAACAUUAACUAACCACUGUAAUUACAUUGAAAUGCACAGGAUUAAGUUUACAAUAAUAAAAGGCAAUACAAUGGGUGGAGCAGGCACAUGCUCCGUUCUUAAAUCCAGGAAACAGUUUUGGAAGCAAGAAGAAAAGUAGGCGUUUUCCGAUGGGUAUACCAUCCAUUCUGGGAAAGUAGAUAAGAUGCAAGACAGGUCAUAGAAGGAAGGCCUUGAAUCGCCCUUGUCUCGCUCUUAUAGAACCAACCAGAUGCUGCUACCUUGAAUCCUCUCAAACCAUAGAGGUAGUCUGUCCCGGAAGUUGAUAACUGUUCACAAGUUCCUGUACCAGGAGGGUGUCAAAUGCUUGGAUGCAGUUUGGACUGUAAACAAACUACAACCAAGGGAGGUCACUCCAUAAUACUAGAUAUCAAGGUCACUUCCACAACUUGAUAUUAUAUGGGUGCCUUAAUCAAAUUUCUGCCACUUUCAAUCAACAGAACUGGCACAUGACAAAAGACAUGAGAUCUUCACAGGACAUGGUACAUGGAGUUAGUCGCAACAUACUGUGGGUUCCACCAAAGUGGUAAACGUUCAUCUUGACCUGCAUCAAUUGGUCUUGCCUCUCCCACAUUAAGCUGACACACAGUGAUGUAACUGAAAUACAUAAUGUUCCCAUAGAUGGCUGGAAUUUUGCCCCCUAAAAAAAAUUAAAAAAUAUGAAAAUAAAACUUAUUCAUUGACAUUAAUACAGUUGUUCCCUGCAUCAACUUAAGAGAUCUCACGGUUCUGCCUCCAGGAGUCCUGUACUUGCCCAAUAUGUAAUAAAUAAAUUAUUCUUU